GCUCCUCCUCUCAGGUGAUGAAGUCAUCCACCUGUCUCCAAGUGAGCUACCUGUCUACCUGUCAGCUCCUCAGGUUGGCAGCAGCAGCCACGUGUCACGUGACUGGUUGUUGAGCAUCCGACAGAUUUGAGGAAACCGGCAACUUUCCUCUCGAGCUCCAGGAAACAACAACAAUAACUUUUUCACUAAACUACCUGAGCUUUAAACUCACCUUUCAGUCAUUAUGGAUAAAUUAAAGUCGGUUCUGAGCGGUGAGGAGGCGCGCAGAGAUGACCGAACCGUCAUGCAGACUGUGAAUGAAGCCUCGACUCUUGGCUGGGGGACUCGUGUGAAGGGAUUCGUCGCCUGUUUCGUGGUGGGGGGCGUGUGCACACUUCUGGGAGUGUGCAUGCUCUUCAUCCCCAGGAUCGGACUCACCCUCUUCAUUGUUUUCUACACUUGUGGAAACAUCUGUACUCUGUGCAGUACCAUGUUUCUGAUGGGUCCAAUGAAGCAGGUGAAAAGGAUGUGUGACAAAACGAGAGCUCUGGCCACCACGAUUAUGAUUACGUGCCUUGUGUUGACUCUCUGCGCUGCCUUCUGGUGGAAGAACUUUGGACUCGCUUUGUUAUUUUGCAUCUUGCAAAUCUUGUCGUUUACCUGGUACAGUCUGUCCUACAUCCCGUUUAUCAGGGAUGCGAUACUGAAGCUGGUGUCGAUGUGCAUUAAGUGAGCCCGUCUGUGUUUGGACGGUUUCCGGCUGGAUGAAGUUAUUUUUUAUAUAGUGGCGGGUCUCUUCUCCUCAGAGAGUCUGAGACGCUUCCUGUUUUAUCUCCACAGAUGUUUAUUUUUUCUUGUUUGUGCUUCAUUCAUUGAGCUGAUUGGUUUGUUGGUAUGUAUUGAUCACUUAUACCAGUUUUAAUGAGUGCGGGCUUGAUUUUGUAAUAUGUGUAAAUAUUUGUAAUAAAUGAAUGUUUUUUGUAAAUCAA